AUUAAUAUUGAUACUAUUUAUUACCAUUUUAUUUAAUUUUGUUAAUAAAUGCAAAACGAUUUUGAAAACCCAUAAAAUGUUGAACGAGAUACUAUCAAAUAUAGUAAUUAAAUUAAUAAACUCAUUAGUGAUCGCCUACACCUACACAACACUACCUCUGUAUUACUACAGACAAAAGCCAUGGCUUAGGCUGAAGAAGGCAAGGGAGGAGAGGGCUAUUCCGGAGAACCCUCUGGACCCGGGCAGCGCCUGGCGUCGCACAGGGAGUACCGAUCCGAAAGUGAGUGCACUUGAAACGGGAACAGUGGACUGUAUGCUGGAAACGGCGGCUAAGAAUUAUGGCAAAAAUUAUACGAUAGUGGGGGUUAAGGUGCACGACGGGGGCAAAUAUUUUUACGACUGGUUUACGUACGGCGAUGUGAUUAGACGGGUCGACCACAUCGCCAAAGGGCUGAAACUGGUAGGCGUCGGGGCCGGCGAUAAAGUGCUCAUAUUUGCCGAAACACGACUCGAAUGGAUAUUAUGUGCGUUCGCUGUCUUCAAAUUGGGUGGUAUUGUGACCACACUUUUCGCACAGUUAGGUCUCGAUGGUAUUGUCCACGGAAUCAAUCAAACUCAAGUGAAGUAUGCGAUCACAACCAAACAACAACUCAUAAAACUGCGGUCAGUCUUGACUCAAACACCAAGCAUUCAGAAGAUCAUAGAUAUGGACGGGCAGUCUAUGGGCGACGGAACCGUUGAUAUCAUCAUUCAGAAGAUCAUAGAUAUGGACGGGCAGUCUAUGGGCGACGGAACCGUUGAUAUCAUGUCUUUAAAACAAGUGGAAAUGAAUGGCAAGAAAUCUGAUAUUAAACUCUCGGAAACCACUCUUAAUAAACCGGAAGAUUUGGCACUAAUUAUGUAUACGUCGGGAACUACUGGGGCUCCUAAAGGUGCGAUGGUAACUCACGAUCAGAUACUAUCGCAGUGUAUAUCCAACUUAUGUAUUAUUAAGCACGAAUUGCCGAACAUUAAACGGCACUGUUAUGUGGCAUACCUCCCAUUGGGACAUAUGUUUGAAUUCACGGCUGAAAUGCUAUUCUUCGGAUGCGGUUGUCGUAUGGGUUACGCCUCUCCCCUUACUUUAUUUGAAGGGGCGGCUGGACUGGCACCGGGAGAAACUCCAGAUCUCGUUCUACUUAAGCCGACCAUCUUUUUGGCCGUCCCUUUGGUUUUGGACAGAAUUAGGAGAGGGGUUACGGAACAGUUGGAGGGAAAGGCCAUUGCGAAGGGAAUAUUCAAUAGUCUACUCGAUUAUAAGACUUAUUGGAGAAGCAAAGGAUAUACCACUCCUCUCACCAAUUAUUUCUUGUGCCGAACGGCUCGUCAAAAACUUGGCUCAAACGUGUUAUAUAUGCUGGUUGGAGGGGCACCGGUAUCGAUCGAAACGGAGCGACUAAUUUCCCUGAUAUUUGAUGUCUACCUAAUACAAGGCUAUGGGGGCACUGAAGUGUGCGGUGCAUCCCAUGCCCGGGAUGCCUAUGAUCUC